UUGCUUCUUUGAGUUGGUUCCAGAUCAGGCACGGCGGGUUGUAGUUUGUAAGCCGAGGCGCCGUUCUGCGGGUGACGCAGGCGCAGCUCGGGCGGCGCGAGCCGACCGCCCAUCUUCUGCUGUCCCACUUUGUUCGCGUCUACUCGGCCCCGUCGCUGAGAGCCCCGUGUCUCCCUCUCACACUCGCAAUCCCCGUCGCGCGCCCGAGGCAAGGGGCGGGCCCAGGUCACCGGGAGAAUCUGCUGGCCUGAGCGCGAGACGAACGGCCACCACCGCUCCCUGGCCCCUUCUUUCCGCGCCAUGGGUGACAGUGAUGACGAGUAUGAUCGAAGGCGCAGGGACAAGUUUAGAAGAGAGCGCAGCGACUAUGACCGUUCCCGGGAAAGAGAUGAAAGACGUCGAGGGGAUGAUUGGAAUGAUCGAGAGUGGGACCGUGGCCGGGAGCGCCGCAGUCGGGGUGAAUAUCGCGACUAUGACAGGAAUCGGCGAGAGCGCUUCUCUCCUCCCCGACACGAGCUCAGCCCCCCGCAGAAGCGCAUGAGGCGAGACUGGGAUGAGCACAGCUCUGACCCAUACCACAGUGGCUAUGAGAUGCCCUAUGCUGGGGGGGGUGGGGGCCCAGCUUAUGGCCCCCCUCAGCCCUGGGUUCAUCCAGACGUCCACAUCAUGCAGCACCAUGUUCUGCCUAUCCAGGCCAGGCUGGGCAGCAUAGCAGAGAUCGACUUGGGUGUGCCGCCACCUGUGAUGAAGACCUUCAAGGAGUUUCUCCUGUCUUUGGAUGACUCUGUGGAUGAGACAGAGGCAGUUAAGCGCUAUAACGACUACAAGCUGGAUUUCCGGAGGCAGCAGAUGCAGGAUUUCUUCCUGGCUCAUAAAGAUGAGGAGUGGUUUCGGUCUAAGUACCACCCAGAUGAGGUGGGGAAGCGUCGGCAGGAGGCCCGGGGGGCCCUGCAAAACCGACUGAGGGUAUUCCUGUCCCUCAUGGAGAGCGGCUGGUUUGAUAAUCUUCUGCUGGACAUAGACAAAGCUGAUGCCAUUGUCAAGAUGCUGGAUGCAGCUGUGAUUAAGAUGGAAGGAGGUACAGAGAAUGACCUACGCAUCCUGGAGCAGGAGGAGGAGGAGGAACAGGCAGGGAAGCCUGGGGAGCCCAGCAAGAAAGAGGAAGGCCGGGUUGGACCAGGCCCGGGCGAUGGAGAACGCAAGACCAAUGAGAAGGAUGACAAGAAAGAGGAUGGCAAACAGGCCGAAAACGACAGUUCUAGUGAUGACAAAACCAAGAAAUCCGAGGGUGAUGGGGACAAGGAAGAGAAGAAAGAAGACUCUGAGAAAGAAGCCAAAAAGAGCAGCAAGAAGCGGAAUAGGAAGCAUAGUGGUGAUGACAGCUUUGACGAAGGCAGUGUGUCCGAGUCGGAGUCGGAGUCGGAGAGUGGCCAGGCCGAGGAGGAGAAGGAGGAGGCUGAGGAAGCACUCAAGGAAAAGGAGAAGCCCAAGGAAGAAGAGAGGGAGAAGCCUAAGGACGCUCCUGGGCUGGAAUGUAAACCCCGACCGCUGCAUAAGACUUGUUCUCUCUUCAUGCGCAACAUCGCGCCCAACAUCUCCCGGGCUGAGAUCAUUUCUCUUUGUAAAAGAUACCCCGGCUUUAUGCGCGUGGCAUUAUCGGAGCCCCAGCCUGAGAGGAGGUUUUUCCGUCGUGGCUGGGUGACCUUUGACCGCAGCGUUAACAUUAAAGAGAUCUGUUGGAACCUGCAGAAUAUCCGACUCCGGGAGUGUGAGCUGAGCCCUGGUGUGAACAGAGACCUGACCCGUCGUGUCCGCAACAUCAACGGCAUCACCCAGCACAAGCAGAUAGUGCGCAACGACAUCAAGCUGGCGGCCAAGCUGAUCCACACGCUGGAUGACAGGACCCAGCUCUGGGCCUCUGAGCCUGGGACGCCGCCUCUGCCAGCGAGUCUGCCCUCGCAGAACCCCAUCUUGAAGAAUAUCACUGACUACCUGAUUGAGGAAGUGAGCGCUGAGGAGGAGGAGCUGCUGGGGAGCAGUGGGGGGGCCCCUCCUGAGGAGCCUCCUAAGGAAGGGAACCCUGCAGAGAUCAACGUGGAGCGGGAUGAGAAGCUGAUCAAGGUUUUGGACAAACUCCUCCUUUAUUUGCGCAUCGUGCAUUCCCUGGAUUAUUAUAACACGUGCGAGUACCCCAAUGAGGAUGAGAUGCCCAACCGCUGUGGCAUCAUCCAUGUUCGGGGGCCCAUGCCGCCCAACCGCAUCAGUCACGGAGAAGUGCUAGAAUGGCAGAAGACAUUUGAGGAGAAGCUGACUCCGCUGCUGAGUGUGCGGGAAUCUCUUUCAGAGGAAGAGGCCCAGAAGAUGGGUCGCAAAGACCCUGAGCAGGAAGUGGAAAAGUUUGUGACCUCCAACACCCAGGAACUGGGCAAGGAUAAGUGGCUGUGCCCUCUCAGUGGCAAGAAAUUCAAGGGCCCUGAGUUUGUACGCAAACAUAUCUUCAACAAGCAUGCAGAGAAAAUUGAGGAAGUAAAGAAGGAGGUUGCAUUUUUUAACAACUUUCUCACUGAUGCCAAGCGACCAGCUCUGCCUGAGAUAAAGCCAGCUCAGCCACCUGGCCCUGCCCAGAUACUCCCCCCAGGUCUGACCCCGGGACUCCCCUACCCACACCAGACUCCCCAGGGCCUGAUGCCCUAUGGUCAGCCCCGGCCCCCCAUCUUGGGCUAUGGAGCUGGUGCUGUUCGCCCUGCAGUGCCCACAGGAGGGCCUCCAUAUCCCCAUGCUCCCUAUGGUGCUGGCCGAGGGAACUAUGAUGCCUUCCGAGGCCAGGGAGGUUAUCCUGGGAAACCCCGGAACAGGAUGGUCCGUGGAGACCCACGGGCCAUUGUGGAAUACCGUGACCUGGAUGCUCCAGAUGAUGUGGAUUUCUUUUGAGUCAUACACGUUUCCUCACUCCUGGUCAUCAUCUAUACUUGUGACUGCCUCGUCCCAUCCAGCUCUGAGAAGUUUUUGUACGUUCAGCCCUACUGCCAAUAAAAACACUUGCGUGGUGA